GUGAUUGAAGGAGGGAUGCGUUGGUCGAGUGGGGAAUCGUGAAGUUGCAGGAGGCAGGAGCGAUCAGUGGUGCAACAGGCUUAAAGACAGGCAGUUGGAAAGAAGUCUUCGUCCGAAUGGAAGACGUCGUUCUUCUAGACUCGAACAACAACAGCCACCCCGAGAAAAUCUACUCCCUCCGGCCCAGGUCGACCGUCCGGAAAACAGAGGACGAAGAGGAGGAGAUCCUCUGGAAGCGAAGGCCCAGAAAAAGGCCGAAAACCAAACCGGUACCUUUGAGCAAGUACAGGAGGAAAACGGCAAAUGCGAGGGAACGUUGCAGGAUGCGCGAGAUCAACGAGGCGUUCGACUGCCUCAGGCGUUGCGUCCCGCACGGCGAGUCGAACGAACAAGAAAAACUGACGAAGAUAUCUACUCUGAGGCUGGCUAUGAAGUACAUCGCUGCACUUUCUGCAGCGCUGGCAGGACCGGAGGAAGCCUGCCAACUUCCUCCGACCCCGCCCGUCUCGGAUUCGCCUCCUUCGCCGCCCCAGGAAAUCAGCUCCAUCACGGAUCUUCAAGAUUUCGAUCCUUUCUCAGAAGCCACGAUAGACUUUGACGACUUUUUCUUCACCUGAAGAUUUUAAAAUGUAAAUAAAAUACUCUCUUUGUUACCAUAGAACUUAUUACUUUUUAAUUAUAUUUUUAUUUUAAUUUAAAUUACAAUCCGGUCACAAUUGUCCGGAGAUUCACCCCCGGUUUUACAUUACCAUUCUCAAAUUUAUAGCCGAUUUUUUUUUAAUUUCACAUGUUUUCUAGUAGAUACACAGUUUGUUUUAAUUUCUUGUCUUUACAAUAAUUUAUGAGACUGAAGUAGAUUGUCCAGCCUUAGAAAUAUUUUUUCUCAGCUCACACAAUAUCGGGCAAGCAGCAAUAAAAACCUAUAAAUAUUCUUCUACAAUCAAAUAUAACCAAACGUCUUGAACAGUGCAACUUAAUCUGACGAAUUUUUUUAACCUAACUUACACCGCAUAAUCGUAAGAUGUUGUAAUUUAAAAUGUUAUUUAUCAAAUACAACAUAAUCAAAAAGUCGACCUAUCGGAAAUCGUUAUGCACAAAAAUCCUUUACAACAACUUUGGUUAUUUUCCGAAUACAUUGACUUCAUUAUUAUUAUUACUAAUUAAUUAAAACUAAUCUUGAUUGGUAAUUUUAUUAUCCCGGCCAAAAAUCUAUAUAUUAUUUGUAAACAAUGACAAAUGAGGAAACAAUAAAAUAAGACUGAACAUAUGUCCAAUUUUGUAAUAAACGGUAAUUUACUCUACAUAUAGAUUUUUGUUAAACAUACACUAUUGAGAUCUACCUUGGCACUCAAAUAUUUUUUUUUACAAUGAAUAUAUUAAAUAUAUAAAUAUUCGUU